CAUGAUUGUAGACUAAGGUUGGUCGAGCAGAAUGCCCGCCUUUUGACCGCUACCUUGAUGCCCUUCGAUGAAUCUCAAUGAUUAUAGAUACGAUAUCUUGCCCCAUUUCCUACACGUAUAAAAUUGCACAAAACAUUCACUUAUUCGCAGUGCGUAAUACGGUGUGAUUGUGAAAAGACAGGUCUACGUAAAUUUUCAUUCUAUCUUUUUGAGAUGCAUCCACAUCCGUUGAUAGUAAUUUUACUUCUAUUCGUCGUGGUCGAAAGAAGCAAUUGUGAUGAAAAAACAGAGUGGUAUUUCGGUUUACGUUCUGCCUUGAAGAAUUGUCCUUCGAUACCUUGGAAUAAUCUCAGUCAAGAUGAUUUUCUUGAUAUCUUUCGUCAAUGUAUACAACAACGAGCUCUCAACUUUUUGGAUUCCCUUCUCGUCGACGAUAUCAUACCGGUUAUCGAUGGAAUCGAUUUAAUACGAUUUCAUGAUAAUUCCACGUCGUUAGCAGAUGAAAUGGCUAAAAAGGAAAAUAUAUAUAAUGAGACAGAGGAUACUUCAAAUUGGACAGGAAUAGUUCUAAAUCGAUUGGCUGGAGUUCUACGCACGCACGUUUUAAAGAUCGAUGUUGACCACAUAGUUAACAGUAUAUCUUCGCCCAUAAAUGAGACUGAAACAGAUAGGUCUGAUAGUAAUAAUACCGUUCAAGGACGGAGGCGCCGCCAUCGACGACGUCACAAUGUAAUGCCUCUUAUGAUGAUGGGUUUAUUGUUGAUGGGCUCGAUACUUGUUCCAAUGGGUUUUCAAUUUCUUGCCGUUCUUGGUGGUAAAGCUUUAAUUCUUGCUAAGAUGGCUUUGUUGUUGUCCAGUAUACAAGGACUCAAGAAGAUAGCAACCAACGGUGUAAAUUAUGGCUUAUAUCAUGCACCUGUAGCUGAAGGUUGGCAUGAAAGAAGUCAUCAAGAAACGCCAACACAUUUUGAUUUACCCUAUCCGAUACAUGCUCAGGCACAUGCUUGAAAUUUGUAUUCACGAUCAACGAUACGUGUCGAUCAAUAAUGAAUUUUUUCUUCGUAAUGUACACUCGGUCGUACUUUUCAUAUAGAUAGGUAUAUAUAUAUAUAUAUAUAUAUAUAUAUAUAUAUAUAUAUAUAUGAAAUUCAACAAAUAUAUAUCAGUUCGUACGUUUUGAUAAGUAGUUAUCUGUACACGAACAACAAGUAGACAAUUUCUAAGUUGUUAACGUUUCUUGUUAUUUUAUUUAUACUGAACAUCUCUUGUGUCGACAUUGAUUAUUUCUUAAUAGUCAAUAAUACUACUUAUUAUCGUUACUUUUAUCUUUACAAUAGUCUCUUUUAUCUUAUAUUGUUCCAAUAAGAAAAUAUAUGUAUGUACUUCGUCAGCCAUUAGAUAAGAUACAUAUAAAGUUAUCUUCCGUUGUAUUCUAUAUCUUCUAAUAUUAUUGGUUCUUAAAGGAAGCUAAUGUUGUUAUUGGUAGAGCUUUCAGAAUAUGUUAGAUAAUAAUAUAGAAAAUUUUCUAUGUAAGGUACAGUGUAAAGUGUUCAUUGAAGUUAAUUGCGUGCCGAUCGAUGUUGCAUCCAAAUUAAAUUUCAUCGAUUAAAUAUAUAUAUUUAAGUUCAUCUAUUAAUAUAAUUAUUUAGCAAUAGAUUUGUUUGUGAAUUUCA